GAUACUGAUUCAUAGUCCAGUUCAAUUAUGACAACAUUAGAAAGAAGAUUUGAGCGAUCAGGGAAAAAUAAUAGCCGAAGGACUAUGGCAGUAAAAGUCUCAAAGUUAGAGGGCCUCAACGAAAGAAGAAAAAACCUUAUCUAUCUAAUCCAUCUCUCUCUCUCCUCCAACCUCCAAGCCUAUUUCCAUUUCGCCCCGAACCAACCUAUGAGUGGCUGGCUGACUGGCUGCAACUGGUGUGAUGAAGCUUGUAUCCUCUGCUUCUGCUCUGCUGUCCGCAGCUACUCCCACCUCAUUUCCUCACAAGACUGACCAAAUUUCUGAACUUGCUGCUGUAACAACAUUCCAUCACUCCUUCAGAAGUGGUUCAGUGCCAAAUACGAGAAGAUCCCGUAAAUGCAAUCCAUGGUCCCUCUCAAGCUCGGCAGCGCCAUUUCUGCUCUAUGCAACAAAAAACCCAAGAGGGUUUGGUCCGGCAGUACCCUCUAAGAAAACCAGCAAGAGCAAGAAGAAACCAAAGACGCUAACCUACGAAGAUGACGAGGAUGAAGAUGGUGGAGAUGGACAGGAGGAAUCCAGCAGGGAUUCCGAUGAUGUCAUACCGGAGAUAGUCACCAACAGGAUGAUCAACCGGAUGGGAUUGUCUGUUGGGAUACCUUUGUUCGUCGGGCUGUUGUUCUUCCCCUUUUUUUACUAUCUCAAGGUCGGGCUGAAGAUUGACGUGCCCACAUGGGUUCCCUUCAUCGUCUCCUUCUUCUUCUUUGGGUCUGCCUUGCUAGGGGUGACUUAUGGGAUUGUUUCUUCCAGUUGGGAUCCCUUGAGGGAAGGCUCUCUUUUGGGUUGGACUGAAGCUCAGAAGAACUGGCCUGUCUUCUGGAGCUCUAUCUGGGGCAAUAGGUCUUCUGGCAACAAAUAGAGCUGCUCAUCGAGCGAGAGCUGAUGGGGAAGUCCUCAGAUUGGAUCCAUUGCAGUAAUUAGUACAUUCCAUGUUGAGCUGAGCAACAUCAAUGUCCUCUUUUUCUGGAAAGAAAUUAUCUUAAUCUAACAAGCACUACAAAACAGGCCAAUCGAGUUCUUAAGAAGAAGAUUCAGAAGAAUGCCAAAUCCAGGGACAAACCAAAAUGUAAUUCAAAUAAACAUGGAGAGCCAUCUUGAAAUAAGCUGAGUCGAGUUGC